AUGAAAGGUCUAAGUUAUCGUCCAAAUCAUGGAGAUCCUUUAGAAGAUGCCUUUAGCGACAAAUUUAUGAAAAAGAGCAAAUCUACACUUGAUUGUCGUAAAACUAAUUCAACCCCAAUAUCCUAUAUGUGAGAAAGCUCCAUUCCUCAAUCGUGAAUUGAUCUUGCAGGGAGACAUAGGUUUAUUAAUAGAAAUCUUCUAUCUAAAAGAAGCACUCUUCAAUUUCUUGAAGAAACCCAAAAAUACAUCCACAAAAUUUGUAAGCCCUUGUUUCCCGAUAUUGAAAAUAAAUCAUUGAAAAGUCCUCCAAAGCCAGCCAAGCAGGAAUCUAGAGAUCUUUUCUUAUUGACCGAGCUACAGUCUGAGAAUCAAAUCCAAAGGAAAUUCUCAAAUGAAGGCUUGAGGCAGCUCUUAAGAAAGUCUCACUCAAACUUGCAUGUGGAAAUUCCAAAAAUUCGCCACCAUAAAAAAAGAAAGGGAAAUCAUAGAAAUUCUUCAAUUGAUAUGUUUUUAAAUAGAUUUGAUGAUCCAGUGAGUUCUCCUGAUACUUUUGAUCAAAUUAUUGUGGCAUCUAAGGUUGAGCUACCGCCUAGGAAAAACCAAAGAAGACAUAGAUCUUUGAGGGAGAAUCUGACAAAAAUAGGGGCGAAGCUAAGUCCUGUGUUUAUUGAAACCAGGUUUGAUGGGAAAUAA